GGACGUGUUCGUUGUGCGUUGUUCCGGUGUGACGGAGGCGGAGCCGCCGCUAGCUGCAGCGUAAACAGUAGUUAGCGGUUAGCCACGGCAGCUAACGUUUUGGAAAAAGUGGACAGACUGUGGGCGAGUUUGCACGCGGAAUGGCCUCCCCUCUUCCCCUUUCCUCCCUGCGCCUCCUCGUUCCACCUCUCCGCCUGCUGACGGCGGCGAUGUGGCAGGUUGCUAGGCACCAAAGCGUGAAGCAUUAUUGGAUGCUGGAGGACUUUGUUUCUCUCAUGACCGAGGCCGUCCCGCAACUGCUGACGGACAGGCAGAGGAGCCUGCUGCUGCUGGCUCUGAGGGCAAAGGUUACCCUUUCAGACCCCAGAUCAGCUGCCCUCCGUGCCCAUCCGGACAGGAUCGGCUCUGAGGCAACGCAGCUGGAUGAAGAGGUAAACAGAUGCUGCUCAGCUCUGGUGACGCUCACUGACAAACUGACUCAGAGUCCAGACGACGCUCGGCGCCUCCUACAGGAGGUAUUCGACCAGAGGUUCAACUCCGCCCUCCAGUCCCUCAUAUCUGACUUCCUGUCCAGGAUUGAGCAGCUCUUCCCCAUCCCUGACUUCAAACAGGCUGCCUCCUGGCUUGAUGCUGCCCCCUCUGGCCUGGAGGACUGUCUGCAGGAGGCAGACAAGGAUGAUUUGAGGGAGCUGCUGACCAAUCAGAGCUGUUUACAGGGACAGGCAUUGACAGCAGUGGGCUGUGACACUGAGAAGACCCUCCUGUCUGUCUGGUCCCACCCCCUCUUCACUAAACUGACCAAUCCCAACCCUCCUCCUUCUGACACAGAGGUCCAAUCAGAUGCGCUCCCAGAGGUGAGUAGUCCCUUGCAGCUGGAUGUGGAGCUGGUGAAGGUGGAGGUUGUGGUGAUGACAGAGGAUGAACAGGAGGAGGUCGAGGAGACUGUGAUUGGGUUAGAGGCAUCCAAUGAGAGCUCAGCAGUGGUCAGCGACGAAUGCUCAGUCACACCUGUGGAGGUGGAGAGGUUGAGGGACUCAUUUGGAAACAUGGCCAACCAAUCAGAAGACACAGAUCUCUCCUGCUCGGAGGUCGCAGCAAAUGCUCUGUACAGCAUUUCCCAUAAUUCCCAGCGUGUGGCUCACAAGUGUCCUCAGUGUGGCAAAUGCUUCAUCUACCGCUCACAGGUGAUCCGACACCUGCGCUCCAACAAGUUGUGCGGCUCGGCGUUAACGACGUCCGCGCUCGGACAGCCUCAGCCCGGCAGUGGAGACAAAGAGCCCCACCUUCCUCAGAGCAGCCCCCCGCAGCCCCGCCCCGUCAGGUCCCAGUCCUGCUUCCAGUGCAGCGCCGUGUUCAGGACCAAAGCCGAGCUGCUGUCGCACCAGCGCACGCACCGGGCGCGCCCGGUCUACCACUGCGGCCAGUGCGACAAAGAGUUCCACCACCUGUCCAGCCUGACCAAUCACAAGCAGACCCACCUGGACAAGGGAGGCUUCACCUGCAGCCGGUGUGACAAGGUGUUCGAGUCGGCCAAGGAGAGGGACACCCAUCGGCUGCAACACCGGCUGCCCGACCUCACCUGCACCGUGUGCGACCAGACGUUCGGCUCGCAGACGCAGCUGCUGCGACACCUGCAGACCCACUCGGUGGAGGGGGCCGAGCCCUGCUACAACUGCCGCUUCUGUGACCAGACCUUCUCAGGUGUGACCCAGCUUCGCAUCCACCAGCGCACACACACCUUCCGCUCGUACCAGUGCGACCUGUGCAGCAAGACGUACGGCUCGCUCACCGGCCUGCACUCCCACCGGGCGAGCCACACCGCCGAGAGCCGCUUCCUGUGCCCGCAGUGCGGCAAGCGCUUCAAAACCCGCGACGGCCUGGAGGGCCACCUGAGGACACACACCGGGGAGCGGCCCUACCGCUGCCCCUACUGCCCCAAAGACUUCACCGCGCUCGCUGGCCUCAACGUGCACGUGCGGCGGCACACCGGGGAGCGGCCGUACGUCUGCACGGUGUGCGGUAAGGGCUGGCCGUCCGGAGGCGACCUGCAGAAACACAUGAGGACGCACACGGGCGAGCGUCCCUACAUCUGCCAGGACUGCGGGAAGGCCUUCUCCAUUUCCUGUCACCUGACCGAACACCGGAGGAUACACACAGGAGAGAAGCCGUUCUCGUGUCCAGACUGUGGGAAGUGUUUACGGAGGAAGUUUGACCUGAAGAAACACAUGUUGUCCCACAGCAACAUCCGUCCCUACGCCUGCACCUUCUGCACCAAGAGCUACACCCGCAAAACUCACCUGAACAGACACCUGCUGACACACAGGACUACCGACGGCGAGGCGGCGGCGGCAGUGGAGGCGGCCGAGGAGGCCUGAGGACGUCAGAGGAAUCAGAACUGUGCCGCGUGCGCUUGUACGUUUUUGUUCCUGCAGCGAGUCGAUCGAUCGCCGACUCGCUGACGCGUCCGAGUCGACCUGUGGCGAUGCAGUUUGACGAGGGAGCGGAUACUCAACAUCGAGCUGAUUUACAGCUGACAGUGACGAGGAAGCCGCUGCAAAAUCAGCUGAUCGAGUCUGAUCAAUAAUUAAAAUAAAAAAUGUAUUUAAAAUAUUUAUGAAUAUUAAAUUCCUUAUUUGAUAUAUUUAAUUUAAUAUUUAAUAUUUUACUGACGUGUUCUGUUUGAUGUGCAUUUUUUCGGUUUACAGAAAAAUUAAAUAUUUAAAUAUAUGAAAAAUAUAAACAAAACAAACAGUAAAAUGUCAGUAAAAUAUUAAUUAAAUAAUAAAUACAAAUUAAAUAUUUAUGUUCACGUUUACUUAAAAAUUUUGUAUGAUAUUAGUAGUAAAAAAUAAUUGUUAAUUUUUUUGUAAUACAAUAAAAUUAUUUUUAUAAUUAAUUUUUACCAAACUAAUAAAAUAAGAAUUAUCAGAGACUUAGGGAAUUAAUUUUGUUACAGCAGUUGAAACAAUAAUGAAUAUUAAAUAACAAUAAUUAAUAUUUAUUUUUAAUAUUUUUGUGAAUAAAAGUAUACUAGAAAUAUUCUCCUAAAUCUCGACCAAGUUAACAGAUAUCAUUAAAAUAUUAAUAAAUAAUAAAUUCAUAAAAUGAAUGAGAACAAAUGUUUAAAAAUAGAUUAAAUGUUUGGAAAACAAACAGUUUUCAACACUGCAGGUAAAAAAUUAAUUGAUUCAACCUCUGUUGAAAAUUAAUAAAGUGAUUUUUUUUUCAGGUCUAUCAGAUCUUAAUCAGUUUUCCUUCAUUUCUCUCAUUUUUAAUUAAAUUUCACUCAGUUCUGCUGGUCAAAAACACAGAUUUUUAAUCAUGUUUUCUAAACUAAGUAAUUGUCAGUAUUUGCUGCUCAGAAAGAAAUCUAAAGGCUCCCGCUGACGGCUGCAUCGCCACAUGGCGGCCGCGGUCCUGGUCGAUCAGCCUGGAGCAGGUCCAGGGUCUUUCCCUUUGGUUGCUGGUGGUAGUAAUUAUAAUGAAUCACUCUUUUGUACAGUAAGUGGUUUUUACUACAUCACUGAAAGUGUUAACAAUAAUGGGAGCACAACACACCUUUUUUUUCUGUUUUUGGUGAUUCUUCUGUGAAAAGAUGGUAAACUGUGUUCUUUAUGGUGAUCUUACACGUGACCCGGUGACCCCUGCUGACCCUGACGUUGUCUGUGACUCUGACUCGAGCACAUUAAUGUUUACUCUGGUGUGUAACAAAGUGUUUGAUGAAUUUGUGUCACUGGCUACGUUUACAUGCACAAAGAUGCUCCAGCUUUUGUCGGUGAACUCAAAAAACCACCACACUACAAAGCUCUCUGCACAGCCAAUGGCAGUGAAUGCUGCAGUGAUGUCACAGUAUCAACCAGCCAAAAGGUUUGCAGCUCUCUGAACUCGGCCUGGAAAAGUUCAGAGUUGGUUGGUUGUGCGUGCGAGCGAGCGAAAUCCAUUUUGGAUUAUGUUAACUUUAAACCAGGAAUUAGUUGGAUGCAUUAACAAAGACUUCCUGAUAGUUAACACAGACCAAUCAGUGCCAAGUCUAAACUGCUGUCAGUGUCUCUGAACAACUCUGUGACAGGGUGGUGACCUGUACAGGUGUACCCUGCCUCUCGCCCUAUGACAGCUGGGAUAGGCUCCAUGGAUGGAUGGAUGGAAUAAGGCUCCACCUUGUGGCACUUUUCAGGAAUUUACUCACCUAAGAUAAAUUCUAAAGGAGAGAGGUGACUGAAUUAGCAAAAUAAAACAACAAACAUCACCACUUCCUCCCAAAAAACUAGUGCAGAUGGUCAGUCUCCGAGGCAGGAAUAUAAACACACAUAAAACACUAUUUGUGAGUCUAAAUAACAGAGCAACAAUUGGCUGCAUUCCCAUUGAGUCCCUCAUCCCAUUGAUGGAUUCUAACUCCCAUCAUCUUGGACUGCAGCUUCCAAUGGAAGUUCUUGAGGAGCUCCUCCACCUCCUUAAGGUUGUGGUCAGAGUGGCUCUCCAGCUCACAGAUGCUCUCCAGAGAAGAUCAAGAUUAAUCGUCACUAGCUGCAGUCCAAGAUGUUGGAGUUUUAUCUGUCCAACUGCAGACUCCAGACACCUGAAUAGCACAGAAGGCCUGAGAAAGAUGGCAAAGACCGGAACUACUAGCUAACAGCAGCUGAACCUUCAGAAUAAGAGUGAGGGGAUUUGAUUACAUCGUUGUCUCGAGCAGGUAAAAAUGAACCCAAAAUACCCCUGAGUGGCCAACAUGAAUGAAGGCUGUGUGGGGAAAAGCUGGGUGCUGGGGCAGAUGUAUUUAUCCAGUCAUCCAGCUGUUGAUGUCCUGAUUUUAACCUUCAGGUGACUGUUUGUGUCUAUGUGCUGUUGUGAUGUUGUUAUUCAUAAAAUUCCUACCACAAGUGUA